UCCGCCUCCCAGGACCGCCCCGCUGCGGCGGGCGCGGGGCGGGGCGGGGCGCGGCGUAUAUAAGGCGAGGGGCGGGCGCCGCUCUUUUGUCUCUUGCUGCAGCAACGCGAGUGGGAGCAGCCGGCGCGGGCUCGCAGCGGAACUCCUCGGGUCGCUCUAAGAACAUGGCAGACAAGCCAGACAUGGGGGAAAUCGCCAGCUUCGAUAAGGCCAAGCUGAAGAAGACGGAGACGCAGGAGAAGAACACCCUGCCGACCAAAGAGACCAUUGAGCAGGAGAAGCGGAGUGAGAUUUCCUAAGAACCUACAGGAUCCCCCACCCCCGUCAUCUUCGAGACACCCCAGUCGUGAUGUGGAGGAGGAAGAGCCACCUGCAAGAUGGACACGAGCGACAGGCUGCACUGUGAACCCGGGCACUCCGCGCCGACGCCACCGGCCUUGCGGGUCUCUGAGGGGACCCCCCCAAUCGGACUGCCAAAUUCUCCGGUUUGCCCUGGGAUAUUAUAGCAAAUUAUUUGUAUGAUUAAUGAAAAUAAAACACACCUCGUGGCAUGGC